AUGACUGAAAUUCCAAAGAGACAAUGGGCUCAGGUCUUUGAGACCAGUGGUUCAGCGUUGCACUUUACCCAAGUACCUGUUCCCGUGCCCGGCGCUACCGAGGUGCUCGUCAAUAUCAAAUACUCCGGAGUGUGUCACUCGGAUUUGCAAGCGUGGAAAGGGGGCUGGCCACUUGAUCCGAAGAAAGGUCUUAUCGGAGGUCAUGAGGGCGUGGGGAUUGUUGUUAAGACAGGAGAGGGAGUUGAAGAUUUAGCUGUGGGUGACCAUGUUGGAAUACAGUGGAUCAACAGUAUCUGUGGUUCUUGUGUGUCCUGUGACUCCAAUGAUCAGAGGUCGUGUGCAGGUGCUCAGUUUUCUGGGUACACCAGAGACGGCACCUUUCAGCAAUACGUCGUCUGUAAGGAACUCUGUGCCGUUCGAAUUCCUCCAGAAGCGCCUUUAGACAAGAUUGCUCCCAUUCUUUGCGCUGGGGUAACUGUCUAUCGCGCCCUUCAAGAGACCGGCGCCCAGUCGGGUGAUAUCGUUGCCAUUGCUGGUGCUGGUGGGGGGCUCGGGACCCUAGCUUGCCAAUAUGCGAAGGCGAUGGGUUUUCGAGUACUUGCAAUAUCAAGUGGAGCUGAGAAGAGAACGCAUUGUGAGAAAUUGGGCGUGGACUAUUUUGCGGACUAUAGAAGCUCCAAGGAUCUCACCCAUGAUAUCCAGAGGCUUACCAACGGAGGUCCUCAUGCUGUGGUAGUGGUGUCAUCAGAUGAUCGUCCCAUCUCCCAGGCUGUUGAGUACAUCAGAUCUCGGGGAACAAUUGUGUUAGUUGGCUUGCCGCCAGGGGCAGUCAUAAAGGCCGACCUCUUCUCAGUCGUUAUCCGUAUGAUCACUAUCAAGGGAUCUUAUGUUGGCACCAGAGAGGAUACCGAGGAGGCACUGAAAUUCUUCCUUCGUAAAAACCUCGCCAUGCAAUGCCAGAUCAUGGAACUUGAGCAAUUACCUCAAGUCUAUGAUAUGAUGGAGAAAGCAAGUAUCAAAGGUCGAAUAGUUUUGAGGAUGCCUGAAAGUGCGGGCAUGACUGAGCUAUUUGCCCGACCGAGCUUGAUGCCACCAUUGAUCACCCCGAGCUUUUCACCCAAAGACCAUAAUAUCGGCACCCUCUUGGCCCAUAGAAUGGAAGAGCUGGGAGUUAAGGACUUCUUUGCCGUCCCAGGCGACUCAAAUCUGACCCUACUUGAUCAACUUUUGAAAAACCCAAGCCUACACCUUAUUGGGUGCUGCAAUGAGUUGAAUGCUGGCUACGCUGCAGAUGGGUACGCGCGAAGUUCCCCUACCAAAGUUGCGGUUGUGGUAGUCACAUUUACUGUUGGGAGCCUAUCACUGCUUAAUGCAAUUGCAGGAGCCUAUUCUGAGCGACUUAAGAUCAUAAUUAUCUCAGGCUGUCCAAGCUCAAAAUUGUUGACAGAGGGGAGUCUCCUUCAUCAUACGACAGGUGGAGCGAGCAAGGACCAAGCACUGCGUGUAUUCCAAGAGUUCACAGCUACCUCAAUCCGUCUAGAUUCCAGUGAACAUGCCGCACUCCGCCUAGAUGAAGCCCUCUCUCAUUGCAUUCAUAAAUCACUGCCAGUCUACAUUGAGAUUCCCACCGAUAUAGUGGGGGUUGUGGGCAAUGCAGCAACUCCUUUGCAGAUUUCACCGCCUCCAUCAUUAAUUCAAUCAGAGGCCGUCGAUGAAAUUAUAUCCCCACUGAUUGCCAUCUGGAAUGCAGCGCACCGGCCGAUUUUGAUCAUUGGUGCUCUGGCACGCUUCUUCCUCUCGACAGAAGCUCUGAUAGCAUUUGCCGAAAAGCUGGGUUGCGCCGUCUUCUGCCAGCCGGAUGCCAAAUCAACGCUACCAGAGUCACACCCUCAGUUUGUGGGCACAUUUUGGGCCAUUGCUUCCAAGCCCGAAUGUAGAGAUAUUGUGAUGGACGCUGACCUCUGGGUGGUAGUUGGAGGCCGUUGGUCUGAUUUGCACACGGUGGGAGGUCUCAAUAUCCAAGAGGAGCGCCGACGUAUGAUUAAUAUCCAGGAAACAUCCAUACGAAUGCCGUCUGGUCGAUUGUUUCAAGAUUUAUGCCUAGCCGAUGUUCUUGGCGCUUUUCUGCGGUCCUCAAUUCCCCCCAAAAGAGAAACACUUCUUUCAUUCCAAUGGAAGUCUCGUGAACAGACCAGAGUCAACAGUCCUGCGCCUGGCGAAGCUCUCACAGUGCGUGGGAUCGUGGAUGUUAUCCAACAGCUAAUUACAAGCAAAGAUACCUUGAUAGCUGAUGCGGGGGAUGCUUGGUUCAAUGCCGCCGAUAUUUCGCUCCCCAUGGGAGCGAACUUUCAAAUUCAGCUACUUUAUGCGUCUCUAGGAUGGAGCCUACCUGCUGCGCUUGGCUGCCAACUAGCUCGCCCAGAUGGGCGAACAAUCCUCAUGAUUGGUGAUGGCGCUUUUCAAAUGACUGCUCAAGAGCUAAGUACUGCCAUCCGAAGUAGAGCCAACAUGAUAGUCUUUGUCUUCAACAAUCUGGGUUAUCAGAUCGAGUCUGCCAUUCAUGAUGGACCCUAUAAUUACAUCGCCAAUUGGAACUAUGCCAAAUUCGCUUCCGCCAUGUGCACACCCAAGCAUACAAGAACAUGCAACGACCCGUUCGCAUCUCAAUUGGACAAAGACCGGGGUCUCAAUCCGGCAUUUUUCUCGAUGCAAAUCAAAACACAAGCCGAUCUACUAUCAGCAUUAGAUCGGAUCAAUUUUGAGCCAUGGAAACUAGCCCUCUUGGAGUGCUGCAUUCAGCCCGGCGAUGUCAGUGUUGGUCUACGGCAGCUUGCAGGUGCACUCUCUGAAACAGUCCAGUGA